GUGCUGGUGCGGGGCCAACUGUGUUUGGUCUCUUCUGAGCAAGGUGUGCCAGGAAUCAGCUGUGUAAGUGACGGCAGCGCAUGGACUGGAAGUCAGAAGAUAGUGCUCAGGGAACAGUCUCACAGGCCCUGCAGGAACCAGAAGGCCUCCCAGAGGCCGGAAGUGAAGAUGGACUCUCUGAAAACUUCCAGCUUCUGCAGCUGGAUGUGGACUACGAACACCAAGAAGAGACCAGCCCUGCAAACAGUGCUGCGUGGAGCUCGAAAAAUGUACAAAGAAAACAGAGACACUGGGAAAGGAUAGUCUCCUCAAAGAAGAGCAAAAGGAAGCAGGAAAGAGAAAGAAGGAAAGCCAAGCGUGCAGAAGACUCAGCUAACGGCACCUGCCCACAGCACAGCAAACGUUUUUUGAAAGCCUUAACCAAAGAGAAACUUUUGGAAGCCAAACACUCAGGACCAAGACUAUGUGUUGACUUGAGCAUGACCCAGCACAUGUCAAAGAAGGAACUAAGUAGGUUGGCGGGACAGAUUCGAAGGUUGUAUGGUUCAAACAAAAAAGCCAGCAGGCCCUUUUGGAUUUUCCUUACUGGAUUCUCAACUGACAGCCCCCUCUAUGAGGAAUGUCUGAGGAUGAAUGAUGGAUUCUCUGCUUACUUGCUCGAUGUGACAGAAGAAGACUGCUUUAGCCUAUUUCCUCUGGAAACCCUUGUGUACCUGACUCCUGACUCCGAACACCCCCUUGAAGACAUUGAUCAGAGCGCAGUGUACAUUAUUGGUGGACUUGUGGAUGAGAGCAUUCAGAAGAAGGUGACAUUUCAAAAAGCCCAAGAACACUCUGUCAGGACAGCCCGCCUGCCAAUCCAGGAGUACAUGAUCAGGCGCCAGAAUGAGAAAAACUACCAUUCAGAAAUCCUGGCCAUCAACCAAGUGUUCGAUAUCCUGUCUACUUACUUUGAAACUCAUAACUGGCCUGAAGCAUUGAAGAAAGGAGUUUCUCCAGGAAAAGGCUACAUUCUUCGGAAUUCAGUGGAAUGAUGGACAGCCUAAGAUUCCAGCUGUAGGGGUGAAGUGCGGGGGUGUCGUGACCAAAGGACGAGGCAAAGGGUAACAAUGGCACACACUUACCUCUGCUUGCCAUCUUGGCUCUUUGAAAGCCAUUAGGGGCAAGGACCACAUUUUAUGCUAUGUCACUCACAACGCCUGGCUCACUGAAGUACCCUUAUAAAACAUUUUAUGAUUAAAAAAAAAAAGUUUCUGUUAAGGAAUUGCCAAAAUAUUUGUCAUUUUGGGUGUUAAUUCAUGCUUUGUACAUCUGUUUGGGAAAGGUCUACUUUUAGAGAUGUUUAAAUGAUUGUCCGAGCUUUUCAUUUAACUUGAAUAAAAUCAUUUUUCUGUCACCUGUAAAUGUGCAUUUUCAUACGCUACACACUCGCUUUGCUGUCUCAGCCCUGCCUGGCCUGCCCUACCUUACGUCUUUGUUCGUUCCUGUGGCUCUCACCCUGUUCUUCUUCCGAUUAUGGUCAUGGAGGGCUCCGCUCUUCUAGUCUGUGUAAAUAGCUUUGUGUAUCCUUGAGCUUAGACAAACCAAGUGCUCUGUACAAAUAUAUACCCCAGAUCUAAUAAAAACGCCAAGUUAUAUUACUGAUAAAUCCAGCAUAAUGCAGCCAGGAAAGAAAGCUGCAUUGACACACAAGCUACUAGUGCACCUUCUGUUACACAAAUACAAGUCUUUUCCUCAUGUCCAAAUACAACCGUCUCAGUUGUGUCCGCUUUGGGGUAACUUUGGUUAAUCUGCUAACAAAUUCAGAUGUUUCUGUAUCGUAAAAGAACCAAGAGUUACCUCUACGUACUUCCUUCUUCUUUGCCAUUAAAUCCCUACUUGAUAAAUUUUAA